AUGGCGGAUCGAAGAGGGCCCCUGGUGGUGGUGGGCUCCGUGAACGCCGACCUCGUGCUGCAGGUCGACCGCGUCCCGGCGCCCGGGGAGACGAUCGGCGCUGAGUCUCUGGACACUUUCCCAGGGGGCAAGGGUGCAAAUCAGGCUGCUGCGGCGGCAAAGCUUGGGUACCCAACGUACCUUGUUGGGCAGGUCGGCAGUGAUGCAAAUGCAGAAUUCCUGAAGGCAUCUCUGCUGAGUUGUGGGGUGAAUUUGAGCUUCUUGAAGAAGGUUAAAGGGCCAUCAGGCACCGCUGUUGUGAUGCUUCAGCCAUCUGGGGAGAAUAGCAUAGUCAUUGUGGGCGGAGCAAAUCAGCACACAUGGUCCUUGGGCGCAGAUGUGCAGCAGUCGAUCAUGUCAGCAGGUGCUGUACUUCUACAAAGGGAGAUCCCUGACAAUGUCAAUGAAGCAGUUGCAAAGGUUGCACAGUCGGCCGGUGUGCCUGUGAUCCUUGAUGCUGGUGGUGUGGAUGCACCACUGACAGCAUCUUUUCUCCCUCUCAUCUCCAUCCUGUCCCCAAAUGAGACAGAGCUGGCCAGAUUGACAGGCAUGCCCACGGAUACCAUGGACCACGUGGAAGCAGCUGCCAGGCAGCUGCUGCAACACGGACCUGAGAGAGUGCUGGUCAAGCUUGGAUCGCAGGGGGCCCUGCUGGUUACAGGAGAUGCCACCACUCGUGUUGGAGCUCUUCCUGUUGCCAAAGUGGUGGACACCACAGGGGCUGGGGACUGUUUCACUGCUGCAUUUGUUGUUGCUCUGCUAGAGGGAAGCGACCCCAAGGAGGCCAUGGAGUUUGCAACCCUUGCUGCAUCCAUCUGCAUCCAACGGAAGGGCGCCAUGUCAAGUUUGCCAUUGCGGGAAGAACUCACUGCUGGCUGGGGGUAA